GAGACAGGUAUGGCGCACCUGUUACAUAAAUUUGUGAAGCUUUCGGCGAAAAGCACACGCGUGUUCUGUGCCUGGGGUCGUGGUCUGUGGAUUUUUGUGUGAGAAUAAUAGUAUUUCUCUGCUUUAAUUCUUCCCCGAGAUUCGUAAAUCUGUAGCCAUGGCUGACAUUGAGGAGGUUCCUGCUGCUGCCCCUGCCGCUGCCCCUGGUGCUGCCCCUGCCGCCGCCCCUGCUGCAGCUCCUGCUGCUGCUCAGCCAGAGCCGCUGGCUGUGACCAAAGCUGGUUCUGAGGAUCCGGCUGACCUGGACGAUGACAUUGACGAGACGCUGGCAGAGCGUCUGAUUGGCCUGACGGAGAUGCUGCCCGCUCCGGUCCGCACCGCCUCCGGCAAGGUCAUCCAGGGAUCCGUGGCCGGGGUCAAAGGCGCCUACGGAUUGCUCUGCUCCUCGUCGUGGGUGUUUUUCUCGUCGGCGGCGAUUCUGUUUGCGCCGCUGAUCUUUGAGAUCGAGCGAACUCAGAUGGAGGAAAUGCACAAACAGCAGCAGCGUCAGAUUCUGCUGGGGCCGAAUGCCGCCGUCUCCGGCUCUAUGAUGCCCCCGCAGGCGGCCGGCAUGUAGGUCGGAACGGUACCGCGGCGCUCCCCGCUGUGAGGCAGCGCUCCUCCACUCUGCCGCAGCGCUCACCACUCUGCCGUACCGGCAUUCCUCCGUUACACACACGAGCUAAUUCAGGGAUAGAGGACGGGGAUGGAUGAAGACUCUACCACCGGUUCUCUGUCUUACUGAGUGAGGUAGUCUGCGAUGGACCGACCCAUUCGGAUCGGCGUCGGAAUGGGUGGUCAAGUGCAGUGAUCAUCCAUGAGACUCGGCCGUGUGGGAACACAGGGCCGGCUCAAUGCCGAUAUAGACUGGCCGGACGGUCCUGGAAAGGGUCCCGAUAGCGAGGCAGGUCGGAAGUCGUUCAGGAUGCUCGUGUUAUCACCUUGGUGAGCAUGAACGUGUUCUUACUUUGGUGAGAAUGAGUCAAAUUCUCAGUUCUUAUCAUGGGGGCGGCGGAAUGUGACAUUCAUCUGGGUUUGACGUCUAACCGACGAUCUAAUUGGCAACGUGUAAUUAUUUUGAGUAUUCGUGGGUUCAACAAUGAUUGGAGCGAUUCCUGUGGCGAGAGUACCUACCUAGGUAGUGCUGUGUGGGGAAUGAAUGUUCGAGAAAGUUCGUUUGUGCGACUGGUAAUCUGCGGUUUUCCCCUAUUUGUCCGUGCUGGGAAGCAGAUCUCCAAAAACUUGUGUUGAUUGGGUGUUGAAUGAAAAAACGGAGUGUAUGAGUGACUGUACGUAUUGAUGAUAUAAUAUACGUAUGUGCGUGAAUAA